GGAUGGCCGGUUCAGGCAGGGGCUCGCUACCUGCCUAAACGCGUCAACGCGACAGCAGUGGCAAGAAUUGGCGGGGAAAAAACAAAUCUGCUCCUGCUGGGAAAUCACGGAAGCACGUGACUAGCACCCAAAGUCCAAAGUUUAAUUGCUGCAGCAAGAAACGAUAAGCGAUAAGAAGCCGACUAGCUGCUAAGCAAGGUACCUGGGCUCGCCUGGCUAAGUUAGCCCCCGUUAAGAAUUCCUCACUGUCCAGUGUCAAAACAGCCUAAGAGCUCCCUGCAAGCUCCAAAACGCUGCAGCUAGCUUGCGUCGCGUAUGGGUAGGUGCUCUACUUACGGCUGGCCCAACCUCCAAAAGUUGGUUGUUUGCUACCUUGGUGAUGCUCAUCCCAACUAAUUAUCCAGUAUCGCGUGGCAACUUCGCAGCAUAUACAUCAAUCAAGACAUUCUGAUCCUCUGCAACCCUUCGCUGGGCGUUGCUGGAUUCAGCAUGGCUACUCGCGACCCCCCGGCUUUUUUCGAAGAGACGAGACUAAACUUCGAGCCAGCAUCGGCCACCUACGUCGUUGAUGUGAAGCUCCCUUCCACCGCCAAUGCCUCGAGAAACAGGCGCCAGACCAAUGGCUCGAUUAGGUCGAAUGGCGACGACGGCGCGCUUCGUACGCGACACCUCGCAACCGCGUCCUCAAUCUAUCAUCGCAAACAUCAUCCUUAUCCGAAGAGCUUCCUAUGGAGAGUUCUUGAAGACAACGGCAUCUUGAGCCUCCGAACUGUCGAUGUCUGUAGACCAGAGCGCGCUCCUGAUGCCAAUCUCAUAUUGAACUUUCACUUCCCGCAUGCUAUACGACCUUCUUGCAUUGCCCUCUCUGAUCCUCCCGAUCACGAUGCGCUUACCGUCUUCGUUCUUGACGAGGCGGGUCAGCUAUACACCCUUCUUCUGCGGCCCGAUUCUUUUCGCAAGCGAUCUUUUGUUGAGAGUGGACUAGGCGAUGCAUGCAAAAUAUUCACCGUUAAUGCUCUCCAAAAUUUCAAGACUCCGUAUAGGCUGAUCGCCAUCAAUACCGACCAACUGAUUGUUGCUCUUACGGAUGGUGGCCAUAUCCGGCUUGAUAAAAGCAAACUUAACACAGCGUCUCAGCCCCCUUGGAAGGAGACUUUCUACAAUGCGAAGGGAUGGGUACAGGGCUUCAAAAGCAUUCUCUCCAGCAGAGGCGACUACGAUACCACUGCUGCUGCCGCUGCUGUUGGAACCAGUCUUGGUUUGGAUUCCGCCUCAUUUCUGUUUACCGUUUGUCUUGACCACCGAUUUCGAGCUUGGAAUCUUAAUAGCGGCCAAAUUAUCGGAACGAUCGAUCUGCUGAAUGCUACCAGAGACCCUCAUGAGACAGGCAAAUGGCGACUUGACCCUAUGCAAUCCAACUUAAUUCGCAUUGUAGGUCGAAUUGAGGGCGAGCGGACCUGCGUGACAUAUUCACCUGUUGGCUCAGGAGAAUUCAAGUUCUGGACGCUCAAAUCUGAUGAUGGCAACUCCGUUGACCUAAACGAUAUGUACCCGGACGCCCAGUUUGUCCCAAUACCGCCUCUUGGAUCCGAUGUAUGGACACUCGCCGACUUUUGCGUGGCGGAACGUCAUGGCAGUCGUGGCUACCAAUUAUGGAUUCUCUGGAAGAAUAAUAUUGCUUAUCGUGUCCAGGAGUUGUCAUUCUGGACGGAUGAACUUCCUAAUGCUUGGCACAACCAAUGGCGAUCCGUCUACUCAGAUACAACUACUCCAUCGGCACCAGUCUCCGGCACCUCUGAUUCAGUUGAUGCCAGCGAACGAUGGCUUAAGCUCAUAUUAUCAGGCAGAUUUCCUCAGUCAACUCUAGAAGCGGCGUUGAGAGCGUAUGAAUUGGCCAUAGAUAUGGAUGACAGUGUGCGCCACUCUAAUCGAAGUAUAGCUGAGUCUAUAUGUUCUGCGAUUGCUUCCACUGCGUCCCUACGUAAGAGUUCAUCGGGCGUUUUGGAGUAUGACCAAUUCCGCACUUCUAGCGAAACACAAUGGCGGAAAUUUUACCGAAUUUUACUCGAAAUAGACAAACCAAGGGGUGAGGCACUGUCCUUUGUAUACGAACCUAUGUCAGGAAUGCCUUCAGUCGUAUGUGCGGACAGUAUUUCUAUAAUCCGGGAGUGCAGCAAGUUGGAGCAGAUAUACCACAACCCAAAGUCUCGACAUGGCGAGAAUAGCGAUCUGUCUUCCUUGAUAUUAACUGGGCAGAACUUUGUUGAAGGGUUUUCAGACAGCAUGUUGCAGAUUUGUCAGUCUGUGCUUCGCGCGGAGCUUUUCGAAAAGACAACGAAGACGGAUCAGGAACGCAUCCAGUUCUUUUCAGAUAAAGCUGGAUUUUGGCGUCAGAUAUCUGACGAAGAUUGUGCUCAAGUAACUGAUGUUUUAGGACCCAAUUUCAACAUCGUAACCAAUGAGAUCUACGAGCAGUUGCAUCGCACUUUCAAUCAGCACUGGUAUUCUAAGCGCCCUACGGAAUAUCCUCUGACCGAAUUUGGGCGUAAACUUAUCGUGAAGACUACAGAAGACGUUGCUGUACUACAGUGGAACGUCUGCUUCAGUCAACUGAUCCUUCUUGUUCAUAUGGAGUUCGAGUUCGACCGGCCGGAAGAUGCCCUACACAACAGAGUUUACAUAGGCCAAGCUUAUAGGGACUUACUUCAAGCUUUGAGCCGGCUGCAACUCAUUCGUUGGUUAGCGGAUGUUCGGUUACCCACACCUCUUUCGAGAACUGAUAGAUCAAAUUCGACAUCAGGCUCUUCUCCAGUUCUCGGCAAACGACAAGGGGAAGAAUAUCAACUCAAUACAGCUUUGGAAGAGAGCAUAGGGCAUCUUCUUGGCAUAUCAGACCCAGGGCAAGGUCAUCCACUAGAGAUGAAUUCCAUCAUCACGAAGACUGCUACAGACCUGUGUGCCCAAGACAGCACUAUUGAGGUGCAGCCUCACUAUAUCCAGUGCGCUUUGUUAGUACGCGAUAGAGCUGAUCUGGCUACUGAAUUAUCUCCAUUCUGUGACGAUGAUCCAUUUUCUGUUUAUAUACAGGGUCGUGUUGCGCUUGCCCUUCGUGAUCACCCUAGUGCUGCUAUGCACUUCAAGAAGGCGGCUUAUGGCAUGAGUAUUCCACAAGCGGACCCUGGAAGACAUAGCUGUGGUUUGCUUGACGAUGAUGAAUGGAACAUGUUAUUCGCUGGUAUGCCACGGUACUACGCGCACAUAGUUUCAUUGUAUGAAAAAUAUAAGGCCUACAGUUAUGUUGUCGACUUCGCGCGUCUAGCACUACAGUUCAUCAACACGAAGACCAAAGAUGCAGACUUGCUACGGACGGAAAUACAAGGCCGUCUAUUUAGUGGAGCUACGGCCAUAUCACGAUUUGAGCUUGCGCAUUCGACCCUAAUUACGAUGAAGGACCGUGCCUUACAACAUUCGUCAUUGCGCUUUUUAAUCCAGAGGAUGUGCGAUAAUCUCCACAAUGCUGAAUUGGUACAGUUGUCCUUCCCUGGACUUCAAGGUGCAGUGGACGAUGUUCUAGCACAGAAGUGCCAUGACACGAUGGAUGUCAUCACCGGCGUCCCGUAUCACCAAAUCCUCUACUCUUGGCGGAUUAAAAGGAAUGAUUAUCGCGGCGCUGCAGUGAUCCUAAUGGAUCGUAUUCAAAAGCUCCGUCAGCUAGGUGAAGGGGAUCAAUUUACCAGCGAUGAUGUCCUCGAUACUGUCAUCACACGACAAUAUCUGAUGCUGAUCAACGUCCUGAGCUGUGUGGAACAGAAGCAGGCAUGGAUUACGGCAGAAGAGGUUCCGUAUCCACAAGCUGCAUCCGGAAAAGGGGCUCCCGUUAGUGGGAAACGUAGGGUUGUGACCCUUGCUGAUAUUCGCAAAGAAUAUCAAGAUGAGCUCGAUCGCAUCGCCGCAAUACAGAAUAAUCAGUUCGGGUUCGCCGCAGAUGACGAGAUGGAAAUCCUGUAAAGGGGGCUAGCACUUGUAGAUAACAACAAAACUCAUCAUGUACGAUACGGGAAAGUUGUACUGGAUGAAAUGAUACCUUGAGAUAGUGAAUUAUAAUUUUGGCAAGGAUGCGACAAUUCUGAAAUACCAGAAUGCCAGUUCUUGGGUUUUGAUUUCAUGCCUCUACAACCAAACGCCAUCCGGCCAUGCCCCUGAAGAAAUUCGUAGGUCGCUAAUGAAUAUGUACAGAAUAGGUCAAUCAAAUUAGCCUCUUCGCCAACGUUACAACAAAUUACUAGUUUCA